AUGAAAAAUCUUCUUCAAGAUGAGAGUUGGGGUUCAAAAAUUCCCUGGCCGGCCGAAGCCAACCAGGACCCUUGCACUCAGAUGAAAAAGAGAAAGAGAAGAGAACCAGGUAAGACCGGUGGUGGGAGGCGGCCUUCUUAUAGAUUUUGCGAGGUGGGCGAGGUGGGCCCGCAAUCAGUAAACGGUACGUACCUGAAUUGGUUGCCCUGGGUGCCUUGGGGUCCCGUUUUCCAGGCAGGUAUCAGCCACCAGCCUCCAGGGAUCGACCUGCCUGCCCUGAAUACCAAGUUUACACUCUUAUACACCAUGAUUGCUGGUGGACAAUCUUUGGGCCCGAAAUCAUUUCUCUUCAGCCAUCUGCCAACAACAUGUUUCGCUGAUGUCGUGGUUGUCCCCUUGGCGACCUGGCUUUAUCUCAUCAUUCUAUUGAUUGGUAUCCCUCUAUGUUUGCGCUUACUGCGAGCUUCGGCUUCAGCUUCAGCCGUGCCGUCACACACGGCUGGGGCACCCACGGCAGGAGGCAAAGUCGCGGUGUCAACAUCAGCGUCAACAUCGGUGCCGCCAGCAACCAAAUCGACCUCGGUGGCCGUCAAGAUUGCCAGCGUCAUCUAUUACAUACUCAUAGUAGCCAUGCUGGCCAUGGCAUCACUUGAGAUUGCCCGUCUCAUCGUCGCCCAGCUCGGGAUUGGUCUCCUUCCUUUCACAUACGUUGGCAUACUCGCCGCUCUGGUCCUCCACGUUGCUGCUGCGUCGACGACUACAACUUCAUGGCUUGGCGGUCUGCAUGUCUACAGGGGCGACACGCGGUGGCGAUGGACUGUCAAGGGUUUCAACAUUCUGUACUGGGUGAUGUUGAUAUGUGUGAUGGCAAUCAAGGUUGCCAGCCAGGCCAUGGAACAGAACGUACUCGGGAUUCGGACGGGUCAACAGGCGCAAUAUCCUAUUUCGGAUUCCAUCACGGACAAUGCGACCAUGAUAGGGGUGGAAUUUAAGUGGCGCCUUCCUUUGCAAAGUGACCGUGUGGCUAAGCGCGGGAUGUCCACGAGUCCUUCUCCACUGAGGCCAAUGAGGCCAAAAAUGAGACUCCGUGAAAGUGUAUUGAUGGCGAAGCUUCCUCCGUUACCUCAGCAAAAAAUGAACCAGGGUGAUGGCGGGGUUGUGCUUUCAACCACCACAUGCCAGGGAAAGACGUACCUUAGUGAAAGGGCAGAGGGUCAUCCGCCUGCCCGUACACAUCAUAUCCAAAGCGGCAUAAACACCUCACUGAAUCGCCAGAGCCUUUCUUCCGUUUGGCAUGCGUCCAUGAGUGAAUGUAAGUGGACUGGAAUUCGAAGCUCCAGCGCACUCCCCCCGCUACUGGCCGUGCUGCCGCUGCCACCUUCGGCCUGGCUGGGCUGGGUUUUCCCUUCCUCGGGCUCUCCUCUGACGGUCUCUUCCCAAGUUCCUGCCCAACCACAGAGCCCCCUUGUUUUCCACAACUUGUUUCCUUCCCGACUUCAGCCAGACCGGACGGACCUCCCACUCCCCAAACUCUGUCCAAAAACUUCUUUUCCGAUACCAACAUCUCCGGAAAGAUUCCUUAAGCCGUCGUCUCGCCGCGCUCUAGAUUCUUGCAUCUUUACCCUUUGGCCCCGCGUUCAACAUCUCAAAUCUGACAUCAUGCCUCCUAAGAAGUGGGAGGCAAAAUGUCGCGAUGAUCUGUCCAACGAAGAGAGCAGCGAAGAGGAGAGCUCCGGCCCCGCUUCCCCUAUCGGCGGUGCUGUUCCUAUCCGCCGCAAGUUUGAAGACGAGGAGGAUGAGGAUGACGUUCUCGAUUCCUGGGAUGCCGCCGAAGACUCCGAGGUAGAGCGCGAAAAGGCUAAGAAGGCCGAGGAAGCAAAGGCCAAGGCUCUCGAGGAGGCUAAGAAGAACAAGAAGACCAAGGCCGAGCGCAUCGCUCAACUGAAAGAGGAGCGUGCCCGCCUCGAUGCCGACGACUCUGGCGAGGAGGAGACCGAGGCUGAGCGUCGUGAGCGCCUCCGCCGCACCGAGAAGGAGUCCGACCUGAAGCACGCCGAGGAUCUCUUCGGUGAUAUCGGAGUCCCGGCCGGUCGCAAGGCUGUCCUCGCCGGCUCUGCUGUCCAGAUUGAUCCCAACGACCCUACCAAGACUGCCAACAUUGCCUCUAUGCCGCUCUUCAACCCCGUUACCAAGACCCAGUUUGAGCACCUCCGCACCACGCUGACCCCGAUUCUCGCCAACAACGCCCGCAAGGCUCACUACGGCCUCUUCCUUCAGGAGUUCUCCAAGGCCCUCGCCAAGGAUCUGCCCAGCGACCAGAUUAAGAAGAUUGCCAGCACUCUCACUGCCCUUGGUAACGAGAAGAUGAAGGAGGAGAAGGCUGCUCAGGGCGGCAACAAGAAGAGCAAGGCGGCCAAGACCAAGGUCUCCGCCGUCGUCAGCCGUGCUCCCGCAGCUGACACCGAGACCUACGAGGAUGAUGGUUUCGGAGACAAAAGGCAGGGUUGCAUUAUUCUCCCGCGCCCAGAGCUCAGCCCGUUGCAUCUCAGCGAGUCUGCUCCGUGCCAACGGAUCUGGCGCGGCUUCGUACCGAAGCUUGCCACAGCAACUUGGAUUCAGAGCGCAAGUGUUGCUGUCGCGGACCCCGGCUGCGUCACGAUAUGGUACGAUAGGCUGGAGUACCUCUGUCUCUACGUCUCCAAGGAUAUAUGUCAUCUCUAUGGAGCUAUCCCCAAACAUUACGCAAUUGCUUUCUCAACCAACUAUCCACCUAUCAAAUCUGCUAUAUUCCGUAAAGGCCUUGUCGCCUACGGGCAACUGAACAGCCACCAAACCCCACCCUCCAUUCACCAUUUAGGUCUCAAAGAGCAACAGCACCCCCAGCUUACUUUGAAGGAAUCAUGGUAUUCCAGUAGUUGA